AUGGCUUCUAAGAUUGCAUUUUUGAAUCGAUUCCGGAAAAUUCUUGCAACCCAUGAGCUCUUCGGUCUUCGCUGGUUGCUGGAUGGAUUCAAUCACUACGAUGAUGAUCGAGUACGUGAAGUUGGUCCUGAUCGAGCUGCAGCAGAAUGGGUUGUUCGAUGUGAAGGAAAAGUGAGAUUCGAUGUGUGGGAUGAAUUUAUCGAAAAUUAUAACGAUUUACUCCGACGAACAUCUUGCUUAGAUCCAAAAUUACCCCAGCAUCAAGUGCAUAUAAUUAGUAUCAGUGCAAUACAUUCAUCUAUUAGUGGCAGAGGAUGUGUCCAUCUAUAUGGUUUGAAAAAAAUCAAAGAAAUAUGUUUUAUUCACUGUAAAGCAUUCGAUGACACGGGUGUAGAAAAAGUUUCGAGGCUAACUUGUGGUACACUUGAAAAACUCCGUAUAGAAAGUUGCCCGAAGGUUACAGAAUAUGGGUUACGGUUUCUUGGUAAUUGCAGCAAUCUACAGUUCCUGUUACUUCGAGAUUUACCUCGAGUAUAUAAGAAGACAGAAGUUUUGCAGUAUUUAAAAAGCUCCCUACCAAAGUGUGAUAUUUGUUAUCCAGAUAGUAAUAUUGAAUAG